GAUCUUCGAGGGAUAUGAUUCUGCAGCUCUUUUUUAAUUCGUGACUGGUGAUUACUAUACUGUAGGUCUACGGAAGAUCUCUCCAUGUAUAUUCAACUCACACCCUCCGGCCAAUCGGCCCGGGGGCUUUUUACAGUUUGAGCAAUAGUUUAAAACGCCCAGUACAAUAUUUCUGUUCAGAAGAAAAGAAAAGAAAGAAAAGCAGAGAAGACUAGAACAAUUUGAGCUAGCUCUGUAUACGGAUUUCAUAUUCGAUCGAGCAUCAGGAAAUCAAAAACACUCUCUUGGAGGAACAGGAAAAAAAAAUGGAGGGUGAAAUUCGCAACUUCCUGAAGGUAUGGCUCUCUAUCUUUUUUUGUUUAUGCUGCUGCUAUGCCAUUGGUAAGGCAAUACCAAAAGGCAAAACAAGAUUCCUAUUCCUAAUCCCAUUUGUGUGCCUCUUUUUCUACCUUCCUCUUAGUCUGUCCACCAUAUUUCUUGGGGGCAACACAGCGUUUUACAUUGCUUGGCUUGGAAAUUUCAAGCUCUUACUCUUUGCUUGCGGUAAGGGCCCUCUAUCUUCACAAUAUUCAUCAAGGUCUCUCUUAACUUUUGUUUCUGUUGCUUGUUUGCCCAUCAAGAUCCAAGAAAACCCACCUCCAAAAUCACAAAACCAAGAAAACCAACCUCCUGUAAUACCUACAGAUCAAACCCACAAAUCUUCGUUGAACUAUGCAAUAAAAGGUGUGCUUUGGGCAUUUCUGGUAGUUGUCCAUGAUUAUAAUGAAUACAUCCAUCCAAAAAUCAUCUUGUGUCUUCUAUGUCUCCAUUUAUACAUCUUCCUCGACGUUGUCCUAGCCUUGGUUGCAGUCUUGGCUCGAAACAUCCUAGGACUAGAGCUAGAGCCACAAUUCAACGAGCCACACCUCUCUACAUCUCUACAAGACUUCUGGGGCAAACGAUGGAACCUCAUGGUUAGUAGUAUCCUCCGCCAGACCGUCUACGAUCCCACCCGCAACAUUAGCACACGCGUCGUCGGUCGCAGGUGGUCCCCAAUCCCCGCUGUUUUGGCGACGUUCUUGUUAUCAGCCGUUAUGCACGAGGUCAUGUUUUAUUACCUGCUUCGCGUGAAACCGACAUGGGAGGUCACAUGGUUCUUUCUUCUACAUGGAUUUUGUGUAACAGUUGAAAUUGCAAUAAAGAAAGCGUUAAAGGGCAGGUGGCAAUUGCCGAGGCUGAUCUCAGGGCUCUUCACCAUAGGAUUCGUCAUGGUCACUAGCUGUUGGCUGUUCUUUCCUAAGCCGCUCCAGUGCAGGGCGGAUGUCAGGGCGUUUGAAGAAUAUGCGGCGCUAAGAGCUUUGGGGAGGGAUUGCUCUCAUGCUCUAUUUGGACGCCCUUCCAUCACCAAAAGCUAUUAGCAAAUUAACUAGGCCAAUACAGGGAAGGAGAAUGCUACGUAUAGUUCUGUAAGUCCAUGAUGAGGAAACUCAUGUGAUAGAUAAAUAAAGCGAUGCCCACAAUCAUUCUGAAAAACAAAAUGGGUUUUACUUCAUAAAAAUUGUAUUCCAGUUCUGUUGCUUGAUGCACACUCCUGUUUGUAAGAAAAA